AUGGUGCAAUACAACGAAUGGAUGAAAGACGUCAACGACGACGCUAAACUCUCGAGUCUUUCCGUCCCUGGAACCCACAACAGUGCUGCAUGCCACGUGGCCCUUCCUUCGGUGCAGUGUCAAGGGGCUUCUGUCACUGAUCAGUUGAACCACGGGGUUCGUUUCUUGGAUAUUCGUUGUGCAAAGUUGUUUUUAGCGUCUGGCGACGAUGCAAACGAUUUGCAGGUUAUUCACGGCAAGUUUCCCGUAAAGAUUCCAUUCCCCCUCAAAUUGGCCAAAGUUUUGGAUGAGGUUUACGCUUUUUUGCAGAGCCACGGCUCCGAGACCGUGAUUGUUUCCUUGAAGCAAGAGGGCCAGGACACAUGGGAUAAUGACUCUGACGAGUUUCCUAAGGUAAUUUGGGAGAACUAUGUGCGCCCGCACCAGGACCAAUGGUACUUGGGGUCGGGGAUUCCGCGCCUAGGUGACACCAGAGGCAAGGCCGUGUUGUUCAGACGGUUCGGGGUGAAGGACGAACAGCUUUCGCAGAACCUCGGUAUUGACGCCCACUGGUGGACGUACAACACCACCGAUGACGACCGCGGUGAGAUCCGCGUUCAAGAUUUCUGUGAGUUGAACGACACCAACGACGUCCAAAAGAAGUCCGACUAUGUCAAGCAGUUGACAUCGCAGGCAAUCCAGUACAACGCGACUAAUCCGGCCGACCCAAAGUUGUUCCUCAACUUCUGCAGUGGCUCCAACUUCUUCAACCCAGAGUGCUGGCCAGAAAAGAUCGCCCAGUGCAUGAGCGACGCGAAUAUCCAGGAUUGUUUCGGAAAGGGCUGCGGGAUUGUCGUGCUCGACUACUCCGAAAAGGAUGAUUACAAGUUGGUCAAGGAGUUGGUUGAUAAGAACUUCUGA